AUGAAGGCGUCGGCCAAGGCGCGGUUUGACGAGUUAUGGCGUUUACUGUCAUCGCCGGAACAGCUCGAUCCAGGAACGUCACCGCUCAGGACGAUUUUUGAAGGUGAUGCCCGAGUCCUCAUGUCGGCAGGCGUCUUGGUGCCGGCGUCUCCGAGACCUACGCGGGGUUGGUUCGUUCCUUUCUCGGUUGUGGAGGAGAAACCUUCGGGGCUACGUAGGAGGUUUAUCGCGUGGCCGAAAGAGAAGAACCUGGAGGACUCCUACGAGGCUGACGUGCCGUUGGGUCACAUUUCCGCAUACCUCGACGUUGUGUGGGAGGAAGGCGCAUCCAAUUUGGACCUGAAAGCCUCGUUUUACCAGGUACCGCUGCCUGAGGAGGCGCGUUCGGCUUUUCGUUGCCGCCUCGACGACGGCACCCUCGUUGAGCUGGCGCGGCUGCCGAUGGGGUAUGCUGCGAGUCCGGAGCUUAUGCAGUUGUUAACGUCGGCGUUGGCAGGAGUACCCACUGUGGUCGAUGCCGCCUUCGCCUGCCCAACGGCAUUGAAAAUCCACGUCUGGAUAGACAAUGUGAGAAUUGCUGGUCCCCUGAAGGCCGUGGAGGCCUGGACGCGGCGUGUGACACAGUUCGCGCGGGACGCCAGCGUCACGAUUGGUGAGUCGGAGGUUGCGGUUGCGUCAUAUACAUUCGUCGGGGUGUUUUUUGAUCACGCAACUCAUACUGUACGUUUAGGUGAAAAGACAUGGCGCCAUCUGCGGGAGACCCCUCCUUUCGAGGAGAUGACGGUGGGUGAUUUGGAGGUCUUUACAUCCCGCGCCAUCUAUGGCGCGGCGGUGCUGGGCGUCCGCCUGUUUCGUAACUACAUGUUUCUGAAGUUUGUGAGACGCCAGCUGAGCUCCCUCAAUAGAGGUAAGAUCACCACCAGGAGCAAGAUCACCAUGACGCCCUACAUCCGGGGUUUUCGCGUCUGA